CACAGAAGUCAGCAUAUAAAAAUGAACCUGAAGUGAAAAUGUUCAGCAAGUUUUUCUGUGGACAAAACCAAACUACAAACAUCAAAACUCACAUAAACCCACUGAAACCUGAAGACCUCUCUUAUUCCUCCGUCCUGGACCAAUCAGAGAGCUGGAAGUAGACUGGACCGGGUCACCUGAACUUACCCACCCCACUAGACCUGAUGGUUCUGGAUGGGUCUGUGGUUCUGCAGCCUGGAGCUUCAUCCUCCUCCUCUUCCUCUCAGGUUUCCUUUAAUUACUUUAAGAGUGCGCGUGCGCGGCGGAUCGAUCCGCUCAGGAAGUGUUGCUGCAGACAUCAGAGGAGCCGCUCCGCCAACGAUCGGAUGCAGCAGCCAAUCAGCAAACAGCAGGGGGGAUGCGGGGCGGCCAGCUGAGGCUCGGAUCGAUGCGGGAGGAGGAGACACCGCAGAGCCUCAGCUCCUCUUCCUCCUCUUCCUCAGCUCGGCUCAGAGCGGAGAGGAGCCACGCGGAGCAGGACGCCGAGCCGCGGGCUUUUAUUCUGAAAAACUCAACAAAACAUGCUGCUGCUACUGCUGGGCGUCGUCAUGGUAACGGCAGGGUCAGGGGUCAGCGCGGCGCGGGUGGUGAGCGCUCUGACUGGCAGCUUUGUGGGCGGGGCUUGUCUGCAGGCCAGACGGUGUGUGUGGGCGGAGCCGACCGUCCCUGCUACAAGAUGGCGUAUUUCCACGACGUGUCGAGCCGCGUGGCGUUCGGUGAGGCGAAGCAAGCCUGCCUCAUGGACGGGGGGGCGCUGCUGAGCGUGGAGAGCCAAUCAGAGCAGAGCGACGUGGAGCAUCUGCUGCAGGCGCUGCGUUUAGGAGCAGUGGGCGGAACCAAAGGUGGAGGCGGGAUUUCUGACGGGGAUUUCUGGAUCGGCCUGACGCGGGGGAGCGGAGCCAACCACACCUUGACCCCGUGCCCUGACCUGUACCAGUGGACCGAUGGCAGCGUGGCCACCUUCAGGAACUGGUACCUGGACGAGCCGUCGUGCGGCGGCGAGGCCUGCGUCGUCAUGUACCACCAGCCCAGCGCGCCCGCAGGUCUGGGUGGGGCUUAUCUCCACCAAUGGAACGACGACCGCUGCAACAUGAAGCACAACUUCAUCUGCAAGUAUCAGCCAGCUGUGACUGCAGGCGGAGGUGUGGUGACCCAGGCGGAUGGCGGUGGCAGCUUACCACCUCAGGUGGUUGUGGCAGGAUCUUCAUCUUCAGGAAUCCUGUUGCUGUACGUGGUGAUCCCCACCAUCCCGCUGCUGCUGCUCAUCCUGGUGGCUUCAGGGACCUGCUGCCUCCAGACGCUCACCAGGAGUCGUCCUCGGACCAAGACCCCUGACCAAUCAAACCUCUGGAUCGCCACGACGCCCAAACCCGACACCAUGGAAGUGUGACGUCACUGUGACUCGACAGCAGAUCAGUGAUGUCACGUUUUAAUUUGUUACUUUGGCUGAAACUGUUUCCUGUUUGGCUCCUCCCUCCUCCUGUGUCUCCCUAAGCCCGAGUUAAUUAAGGGGGGUGGAGUCAGUGAUGUCACAGUGAGUGGGGGGCUUGUCUGUGUAACAUGUUCUGUUGUGAGAAGCUCUGGUGCCCCCUGCUGGACAGACAAGAUGAAGUACGGGGCAAGCAGAGGGACAAACUCUGGUUACUGAUGCUGCGUUCGAGGACAGUCCGACGUUUGGACGGCAGGGAGCUGCUGCUGCGUUUCUGAUGCAUGAAGCUUUGAUGUUUAAUAAAAGAUGUUUCAUCAGCUGCUGCUUGGUCUCUUUGAGUCAGCCUAGUCAAAGUCCCGACCCGACUCCAGCAGAGCAUCUGCGAAACAUCAGC